AUGACUGCUGGUUCCGUGAACCUCACGGUGACCUUCCUCAGCCCGAUAGAGCCGAGCAGCCUGAUCAAUCAAUCAGUCCCGUUCUCGUACAUGUCCGUCCAAGCGCGCCCCAACGACGGGAAGUCACACUCCGUUCAGAUUUACUCGGACAUAAGCGCGGAGUGGGUCUCGGGAGACGACAGUGCGCUCGUGAAUUGGACGACUGCGACCCAAGGGGAUGCGGUUAUACACAAGCUGCAGCUGCAGCACCAAGUCUUGUUCGACGACUUGAACGAUCGGCUACAGCAGGGAGCAGCGUACUACGCCACAGUCGACUCCGCCAACACGACCUUCCAAACCGGCCAAGACACCGUCGUCCGCGGGCAGUUCCUCAACCACAGCACGCUCCUGAAUACCAACGACACAAACUACCGCGCGGUCUCUGACGAUUGGCCUGUCUUCGCGUUCGCUCACGAUCUCCGCACGAUAUCGGCGUCCAGCGGGAGUGACCCCGUCGUGUUCUCUGUGGGCCAUGCAAGAGACCCAGUGAUCAACUGUACGCUGGGGCUCGGGAAGUCGCAGCAGACUCGGCAUCCGUACUUCUUGAGUCACUAUGGGACCGUAGAGGACGCUAUCGAGACGUUUGUGGGCGACUACGCCAACGCCCUAGCUCGAGCGGACAUUUUCGACGCACAACUCCACGAGGAUGCAUCUGCGAUAUCGACGAACUACUCGGCUAUCGCCGCGUUGAUUAUGAGGCAGACGUUCGGUGCCAUUGAGUUUACAAUUUCGCAAGACAGUGAAGGGCAGUACAACGACUCGGAUGACACCAACACGACGGACGUCAUCUUUCCGACAUGGCCGGCGUUCCUCUACACCAACCCACUCAUCGGAAAACAGCUCUUAUUGCCGUUGUUUAAGUACCAGGCCACUGGAGAGUAUCCGAACAAGACGGCAGCUCAUGAUCUAGGUCACUACCCGCAAGCACCUGGAUACCCUCAUGGAAACGACGAGUCGAUGGUUGAAUGCGGCAACAUGCUCAACAUAACGCUGAGCUACACGCAGCGGACGAACGACACUUCGCUCGUAACUUCCUAUGUACUACCUCGAGCGAACACUCUCAUACCUGGCGACCAGCUGAGCACGAACGACAUCGCUGGCCCGCUCGCCAACCAGCCCAACCUCGCGAUCAAGGGCAUCAUCGGUGUCAAGGCUAUGGCGGAGAUGGUAGAGCUGGCUGGAAACGCCUCGGCGGCAGCAGAUUACAGCGCUACCGCUAGCUCCUACGUCUCUCAAUGGCAGGAAUUGUCGGCUGCGUCGAAUGGAGAACAUUUGACGCUGGCGGUAUGGGAUGUACUUGUCUCGGACAUCACGUACAAUAUGUACGCCGACAAACUGCUGGGCACCAACCUGAUCCCUCAGUCGGUAUUCGACAUGCAUGGGUAUGGUGUACCUCUCGACACGCGUCACAUCUACGUCAUGUCCGCCUGGGAGAUGCUCACGGCUGCCAUGGUGUCUCCCGCCGCGCGCAACAUGCUCAUCGAUGCGAUCUAUGCCUUCUCGUCCUCGGGAAUCAAUCACUACGCCUGCUCUGAUUGGUUUGCUACGACGACGGGCGUCGUCGAAGGUAAUUGCGGUGGGGCUGCUACACUCUGCUUCAGGGCGAGGCCGAUUGCAGGGGCACAUCUGGCACUGGCCAAUCCAUUGUUCUCAUGCUCUAAGCUAGACUGA